AUGCUCGUUAACGCUGCUUCUCAAAGCCAUUUCAAGUUCGAUCGCCUUGCUCCCCUCCCCAUGGCUGGCCGCAAGAGCCCAACUACCUACCAUCGCCGCACUGUCAGCUGCCUGGCCGUCGCAUCCUACCAUGAGCACUACAACCACCCUGCGUACCUCGCUUCGGGUGGUAGCAACCAGCUCUACGACACCAUCAUCCCUGAGGGAUCCGCCUCGCCUGUCCACCAUCAGACACGCCAUGCCCACCGCAAGAGCGAGGGUGCCAUCUCCCUUGACCAGCUUCAGAAGGGUCUUUCCGGAGCAGGUGUCUCCAAUGUGAACACGUCCACAGCUGAAGCCAAGGACAACAAGGAUGGCAACUUCACCACGGUCAACGUCUCCUCCGGCCCACUGAGUGGAAAAGUUAUCAAGCUCAACGCUGCUUCGCCUGUCAACACUCCUCGACGAUCCUUGCUCUCGGACCUCUUGAACAACCAGGCCGCCCCAACUCGUCUUGAACAGAACGCCAACCGCCGCAGAAUGCUCAAGAGCAUGCGCCGCUACUCUGUCGACGCCAGCGAGAUGGAUUUCACCCUCGGCGGUCGCCCCUCGAGCAGAGGAUCACCCUUGACGACCAUCUCCUCUGAGGGUGAGGGUGCUCUAUUAAUCGACAACCACCAGGGUUUCAAUGCCACGCCCACUGUCCGCUAUCUCCGCAACCCUUGCCACGCCACAGUCAAAACCAAGCUCAUGCCAUCUGCCUACAGAGGAUCCAUGGCUCGCCGCAGCAGCAAUAGCACGGCUGAGGAUGAAGAGACUCCCGAUUACUUUGCCUCCGAGGAUCGCGUCUGGUAA